AUGAUCGUUUCGACCCCCAGAAAUGUGGAUCUUGAGUUUGGAUUUGGGAGUUUUCAGGAAGAAUGGACACCCUUUCGUUUUGAGUUUUACCAGAACAAGCCCAACACGAAAACCUACCUCAAAAUAAAGAAAAUUCAUGUGAACUGGCGAAUCGACAGUGCUAAUGGGGAGCACUCGGGAUUCACUGAUGUGAAGAUCAUGUUGCAGCACGGAAAAGGAGUUCCAGAAGAAAAGGAAUUCAAAGCCGAAUUCACGAACUACAGGACAACCAUCUUCGAAAUUGGGCACAGCAGCAACACAGGCUACAACUCUAUCGAUCUCACCUUCCACAAAGAAAAUAACUGUCACAUCUGGCUCAAAUAUGUCAAAUUUUACCUUACAUCCGAGGAAAUAAUUACUUAUACGAUGACGGGUGACUCGAUGCCGAAAUCUGGUAGAUACUCAGUUUUGAUUGUCAACCCGACUAAGCACGACAUCCUUGUGGUGGCUCCGAUCGGCACCGGAAACUCCUUCAAGGAACUGGCUUUCCAAGGACACCUUGAGUGGCAAAACGAACAGAGCCGAGAGUUUAACUCUGAGUACGCUGUAGGCGAUCAAAUCCACAAGCAAGAAUUCCAACAGACUGUUCUUUUCGAGCAAAACGACACUACUCACCUCUGGCAUGCGAAAUUUGACGAGAACCAGGAUGGACGUUUGGCGAUUCGCUUCCCCUCAAAUAUUGAGAAAGUUCGAAUCGCCACGAUAGUCGCCGGGGAUCAAAUACAUGCCGAACUUGAAAGCAUCACCCCGACGGUCCUUUACAAGAGCGAAGAAGGUGUAACACCCGCUAGUUCUAGUCCAGAAACGUUAGCAGGGAUAGUUGUUGGCAUUGUAGGCGCGUUGAUUGUCGUCAUUUUCGUUGCCUGUAUUUUGAUAUGGAGAAAACGGCAGCAGGAUUUUCCGGACUACGCGACCGGCCGAGAACGUGCUUGCUCCCCAAUUUAUCCCCAUACGCAGCCCCUGAUGACGCAAAAUGUGGACCUCAUUCCUAGAGGCAUUUCGCUGCCUAAUCAAAUGCGUUAUGCUACACCGCGCAACUUCUAUGACCAAAUUCCUCAACAAGAUCGCCGGCGCACCGCCCCCGUUGCCUAUUCCCCACACAGAAGACAGCCUUCCAACCAAAGUCACAUUGGGAGGCCUUUAAUUCCUACCCCUGAAGUUAACGAUGAUCCAAUUUACGAGCCCCCAGCAAAUUUCCGCGACCAGAGUCGCCGAAUAUACGGCCCAGUUGGAACGAUUCGUUACGCCUCACCAGAAGCUCUUCGAACGAAAGAACCCCCACCGACGAUUGCAGCGGAGCAUGUUAAAGCUCUUGAAGAGCUUGGCGCGGGAGAAUUUGGUGAAGUUAUGCUUGUCGAGGCGCCGAUUAACUGCUUCCCACGACUUGAUAGGUCCGAUUUGCCGGCUGGUGCGACCAAGGUUCUAGCAGCUCUAAAGCGGCUAAAGAACAACUCCUCUCCUGAAACGAAAAAGAUUUUCUUGGAAGAAGCGAAUUUAAUGUAUGGUCUCCGCCAUCGCAAUAUUCUCCCUCUUUUGGCCGUGAUUCCUGACAUACCAGCGCUGUUGUCAGGCUACUCCGAACACGGUGAUCUUCGUCAGUACCUGAGAAGAAGGCUGACGUGUGAGGACUGUGACUCUGAUGAUCCCGGAUUUAUUUCGUACAAGUCUCUGCUCGAUGUCUCAGUACAAAUUGCAGCCGCAAUGGAGUACUUGGAGUCUGUCCGCGUCGUUCAUCGCGAUUUAGCCGCUAGAAACUGUUUUGUUGGGCGCGGUCUGCGUGUUCGCGUUGGAGAUUUCGGAAUGUCACGAAAUCUGUACUCGAAAGACUAUUUCAAAGUCACUGGUAAUGUUGUGAUGCCCAUCCGCUGGUCGGCAUGGGAAUCAAUUAUUCUUGGCAACUUUACGACGAAGUCAGAUGUCUGGAGUUUCGGUGUUACUGUUUACGAAGUGUACAUAUUGUGUCGAGAGCGGCCACUGGAGAUGUUGUCAGACGAGCAGGUGAUUCAGCGAAUGGUUGCUCUUUACAAAGACCAGUCCACCAUCACUUGCGGAAUGGUUCCCUGGUUACCAAGACCUUCGGACUGCCCUGAAGAAACCUGGGAGGUAAUUCAAACCUGCUGGCAGCGUGAUGAAGCCUCCCGACCCUCAUUCAAGAAGCUUUAUGCGCAACUACGACGACAAACAAUUGCCAACGACUGUAAUUAA